AGGCGGCGGCGGCGGCGGCGGCUGCUGCUGCUGCGGCUGCGACUCGGCGCUUUGAGCCGGAACCGCCGGUGAACUUGGCCGCCACGUUCCCGGCGACUGACCCCGGAGGAUGGUGAACGCGAACUACUGCUGACCCCGUCUUCGCCGCUGCUUCUCGGGGGCUGUCAAGCGCGGGGCCCCCGUCUCCUCCCCUUGCCCGGCUGUGGGUGAACCUGCAGGCUCCUUACCCACCCCGAGGACUUUUUUUUGGAAGGAAACGAGGGAGGGAGGGAGAGGGAGAAAGGGAGAAAACGAAGGGGAGCUCGUCCAUCCAUUGAAGCACAGUUCACUAUGAUCUUACUCACAUUCAGCACUGGAAGACGGUUGGAUUUCGUGCAUCAUUCGGGGGUGUUUUUCUUGCAAUCCUUGCUUUGGAUUUUAUGUGCUACAGUCUGCGGAACGGAGCAGUAUUUCAAUGUGGAGGUUUGGUUACAAAAGUACGGCUACCUUCCACCGACUGACCCCAGAAUGUCAGUGCUGCGCUCUGCAGAGACCAUGCAGUCCGCCCUAGCUGCCAUGCAGCAGUUCUAUGGCAUUAACAUGACAGGAAAAGUGGACAGAAACACAAUUGACUGGAUGAAGAAGCCCCGAUGUGGUGUACCUGACCAGACAAGAGGUAGCUCCAAAUUUCAUAUUCGUCGAAAGCGAUAUGCAUUAACAGGACAGAAGUGGCAGCACAAGCACAUCACUUACAGUAUAAAGAACGUAACUCCAAAAGUAGGAGACCCUGAGACUCGUAAAGCUAUUCGCCGUGCCUUUGAUGUGUGGCAGAAUGUAACUCCUCUGACAUUUGAAGAAGUUCCCUACAGUGAAUUAGAAAAUGGCAAACGAGAUGUGGAUAUAACCAUUAUUUUUGCAUCUGGUUUCCAUGGGGACAGUUCUCCCUUUGAUGGAGAGGGAGGAUUUUUGGCACAUGCCUACUUCCCUGGACCAGGAAUUGGUGGAGAUACCCACUUUGACUCAGAUGAGCCAUGGACGCUAGGAAAUCCUAAUCAUGAUGGAAAUGACUUAUUUCUUGUAGCAGUUCAUGAACUGGGACAUGCUCUGGGUUUGGAGCAUUCAAAUGAUCCCACUGCCAUCAUGGCUCCAUUUUACCAGUACAUGGAAACGGACAACUUCAAACUACCUAAUGAUGAUUUGCAGGGCAUCCAGAAGAUAUAUGGUCCACCUGACAAGAUUCCUCCACCUACAAGACCUCUACCGACAGUGCCCCCACACCGCUCUAUUCCUCCGGCUGACCCAAGGAAAAAUGACAGGCCAAAACCUCCUCGGCCUCCCACCGGCAGACCCUCCUAUCCUGGAGCCAAACCCAACAUCUGUGAUGGGAACUUUAACACUCUAGCUAUUCUUCGCCGUGAGAUGUUUGUGUUCAAGGACCAGUGGUUUUGGCGAGUGAGAAACAACAGGGUGAUGGAUGGAUACCCAAUGCAAAUUACUUACUUCUGGAGGGGCUUGCCUCCUAGUAUCGAUGCAGUUUAUGAAAAUAGCGACGGGAAUUUUGUGUUCUUUAAAGGUAACAAAUAUUGGGUAUUCAAGGACACAACUCUUCAACCUGGUUACCCUCAUGACUUGGUAACCCUUGGAAGUGGAAUUCCCCCUCAUGGUAUUGAUUCAGCCAUUUGGUGGGAGGACGUUGGGAAAACCUAUUUCUUCAAGGGAGACAGAUAUUGGAGAUACAGUGAAGAAAUGAAAACAAUGGACCCUGGCUAUCCCAAGCCAAUCACAGUCUGGAAAGGAAUCCCUGAGUCUCCUCAGGGAGCAUUUGUACACAAAGAAAAUGGCUUUACAUAUUUCUACAAAGGAAAGGAGUAUUGGAAAUUCAACAAUCAGAUACUCAAGGUAGAACCUGGAUAUCCAAGAUCCAUCCUCAAGGAUUUUAUGGGCUGUGAUGGACCAACAGACAGAGUUAAAGAAGGACACAGCCCACCAGAUGAUGUAGACAUUGUCAUCAAACUGGACAACACAGCCAGCACUGUGAAAGCCAUAGCUAUUGUCAUUCCCUGCAUCUUGGCCUUAUGCCUCCUUGUAUUGGUUUACACUGUGUUCCAGUUCAAGAGGAAAGGAACACCCCGCCACAUACUGUACUGUAAACGCUCUAUGCAAGAGUGGGUGUGAUGUAGGGUUUUUUCUUCUUUCUUUCUUUUCCAGGAGUUUGUGGUAACUUGAGAUUCAAGACAAGAGCUGUUAUGCUGUUUCCUAGCUAGGAGCAGGCUUGUGGCAGCCUGAUUCGGGGCUGACCUUUCAAACCCAGAGGGUUGCUGGUCCUGCACAUGAGUGGAAAUACACUCAUGGGGAAGCUUCCAUGAUGCACAGUAUCUGCUGUUCUUCAGUCCUUUGUCUUUCUUUGUCAUUCAGUUCUAGGCCUUUCCUCUGCACGCUCAAUGCCCAGUAAAAUUUCAGGAUUAACUAAAGAAGAGGAAAAAAAGAAGAAAAGAUUCUUCUUAAAAAUUUCUAAUAUUAUUUUUCCUUCUGAAGUCUGAGCCCAUUUCUGGGGGGACUAUAAAAAAGCAAAUCAAAAAACCCACGAUUUUUUUUUUUUUUUGCUUUAAAACAAAGGGAAAAAAGAGUUUAAACAAAAACCCCACAAUUGAACUUCCAGGAAAGUGUGAAGACCCAAAACAGCUUUGUCUCCAAAGAAGAUAGCUCUCUGACUGCUUUGGAUAGUCUCCUACGCACCAUUUUGUCAGGUGGGAGAUUUGGAAUACAUAUGCAGGACGUUAGACUGUUGGGACAGCCAUUUUCCAACAACCAAGGGGCCAAAAUAUCUGCAAUAUAGUAACAGCCUUAAUAAUACAUCCAUUUUUCGUUUUAUACAGCUGUUCUCAGCUAUGUCCUCAAUGUUUCAUCACAUUUAUAUCCAUAACUAUUUUCAAACAUGACCUUUUAAUUGUUUUUGAAGUAUUUCUAAACCUCUUCUUUCCACCUUAUGCCUCCAUCAUUGUGAUAAUCUUCCCAAAUUGUAUUAGGCCAUUGCCCCAGGCCUUCCAUGGGUCUGUCAGGAAUAUUCAUGACAAAGCAGAUCAAGAAGCAGUAUGUCUCUGAAGUGGAUUACUGUGACAGUUACUUUACAAGGAUUUGUGACACUAGUAAUAUACCUGUGUGACCCUUUGAGAACUAUCAGACCAGCUUUCAGAGUCUUAGGAUUGUUGGUCUCGUGAACUGAUAAAUUAUAGAACUGGGCAAUGGUAAAAACAGUCACAGGUUCAAGAAGUUCAGGUUUUUAAAACAGAUAUCCUAUAAUGUCAUGUAAUUUUUAAAUGAUUUACACAACUACAUAAAUGCAUUUAUAACAAACAGAAAUGAUGCUACUUGCCAAAUUUUUUCUGGCAAAUAAAAAAGGUAUUUUAUUAAGAAUCUCAUAAGACUGAAAUUUUAUUUGAAAAACUGGUAACAGCCUAACUCUUCUUCUUCUUUUUUUUUUUUUUUCUUUUUUUAGGCAUACUGAAUUUCUGUUUUAAAAUCCAUUGCAUGAAAAUUCAAUUUGCCUUGGUAUAUGCAGUUAGCAUUGCCAUUUUAAAAAUGAAUUAAAAUGAUGACUCUGAAGUUGCAUGAAUAUCUUCCAGUGCAUUACCUAUUGCAUGUCCACCAUAGUUCUCAAAGGGUUAGUGUGGCUUCUGGCAUUUAGCCAUCCAUUUGAUCACUGACAGAGCCAAGAGACCACCAAAGCAUUUCAUUGUUGAGUGUAAUUUGUCCUAACAGCAGUAUUGUCAUUUUCAUGUGACCUGCAGAGCAGGUUUGUAUCAAUAUUUUUUUCCUAGAGAAAAGUCAGCAACUGACAGACCUCUUUAUUGAUUUUUAGGAGCUGCUUCUUGCAGUGAAAGGCUUUACAGCCACUGGGCUGUGAACUUUAUUAGAGAUGGUCAGAAUGAAUGCACCCCAUGAGUCAGACAUUGGCUUUGUGUGAAAGCCAGCUUUGAGGGGAUUAGCUUUUGAAACAAUGAACAGCUUGCCUUGAACUUGAUUAUUGAUCUAUUGACUGUCAUUAACAACAACUUAAACAUUGUCUUCUGUGAAAAUUUUCCUUGAAGAGUCCUGUUCUUUGUCUUUGCCCUUUGACCUUUAACUUGCAAACUGGCACAAACUGAAGGAAAUCUGGUGUUGCUUCUCCAUUGGAUUAGUUGUUCUAUAAAACCUAGUAAGCAUGAGCUGUUUCCUUAGAGUGAAGAGAGUGUUGUUGGCAGAUCUGCAGAUGGACACUUUGCUCUUUACAUGCACACUCUGAAAAUGCCCUAUAGGUAGAAGUGAAUUUUAAUUUUAUUUUAAUAUAAUUUCAAGUCUAAAUUCAUCAUUUUAGUACAAAUUACAAAAACUAUAGAGAAAAAAAAAAAAACCUCAAAUACUUGAAUGGCCAGUGUGGCUUUUAUAUAAAGCAGGAAUUUUAUACUAGUAAAAAUUUCUUACUCAUUUGCUAAUAUAACACAUUUCCAGAUGAUUUUUAAUGAGUGUAGGUAUACAUUCUUAUUUGGAAAUGGAUAGUUUGGCUGCCUUGAAUUUAUAUUUAUACUCAACAUAGCAUGAAAAGUAGAAUGCCUUUUGGUUAAACUACAUGUUUAUGAUUUGGUUGGGGAAAAUAUUUUAUAAUUGUGGGUGGCAUGCUGCAAAGCCUUGCAGAUUGUUAUUUCUUACAACCUGAGCAUAUAUACUGUGAGGCUAAGAAAACAGAACAGCAGGAAAAGAAUGGCUUUACAGUGAAAUAUUAUACAAUGUAGACGAUAUUUUAAGAUGAUAUUGGAGAUUAAGUACGCAAGGGCCAAGAAAGCAAGAAAAGAAAACCAGAGUCAGCCCUGUAACUUUACUUCAGUGCUUCCAUUCUAGAUGAUGCUGAUAUUAUAAAGAGUUAGUCACUGCUGCUAAACAUGGAGGACUAUAUACAUAAGCUCGUUUAUACAGUGUUUGCUUGUGGGAGGGUUUAAUCCUUUUAGGGCCUUGAUGUCAAGAAAAAAAAUAACUGGAAACUAUAUUUUGCUAAAUAUAGAAAUGAGGAACUAUGUCAUUUUGGGACAUGUGCAAAUCAUUGAGAAACUCCAUCAACCUGCAUUGAAAAUUGAUUUUUUCCCUCUAAAAUGAGAAAGAAACUGAAUAAGCAAUCUAUUGCCUCUUCACUCAUUCAUCACAAUAUCCUGAUUCGUCAUAAGAUUAUAAGCAUAUAAGGGCUAGAAAAUAAUCAUAGCAUUAAGAAGGAAGGAGUCUAUCAUUAUGUUUGAAUUCUGGCAAAUGUCAUAAAUAAGGGUUGGGUAAUAUUUACUUGAAUAUGAUACAAGAUUUACAUGAUAAGCAAAGGCAUAUAUGGCUGCUUUUUUGACUAAAACAUUUCAGUUAUCAGGCUGUAUUAUUAUAAGAGAUAAGAAAACAAUAAGUAUAAUGUAAUCACCAACACUGGGAUUCCAUUUGUUUAUUGUACUGCAGGUACUUUGUGGGUAUGGUUCCUGACUCCUCUUCCACUUGAGGUUUGGGGGAAAAAGUCUCAAUCCAAAUGGAACAGUGAAAAGAAAAGUAACUGAUCUAGCACAUAAGAAUAGUGAUUCAAAAACCAAUGUGAAAUAAAUUUCCAUAGGUCAAUAAUACAAGAUGUCAGUUCAGUAUUCGUAGAGAUAUGCAAGGCAUCAAAUAUUUUUAUCACACCAUUACUAAUAACAUGAAAAGCUCAGACAUAGGAUUUCCCAAAUUGAAAUGAAAACACAUUCAUGCUUGCAAAAAUAAUUCUCCUUCUGCUUCAUUUCUCAUUACUUUAUCUAAUGUAAACACAAAUGUAAAGGUAAUGUUCUUAUAAAAUGACCAUAUAGUUAAGAAUUUUAGUAAAAUAUUGUUGCUCUGCAUAUUAUUAAACACAAUGAAGUAUUAAAAUAGCUGAUCAGUUUGAAUUUUCUGCAAAACAGUAAUUCCACCUCAGAAUUGUAGAUAAGGUUGUGAAUUUAUUGACUCAUUUCAGAACAGUGUCUGUUGACAUGGCAGUCAGACCAGGUGAAUACAGACACUUUCUGAUUGCAAAGGUUAUAGAGAUAAAUUAGACAGCAUUAUGUGUUACUAGCAAAGACAACUUCUGUUAUAAAUCAGAGGGCAAGGCUUUUCUGAAUCAGAUGUAAUAAAUUACUAAGUAAUGAUUACCAAAAAAUAAUUACUAAGUAAUGAAGGAUAUAGACCGGCUUACUGAAAUAA